GCCAUUUUACAUUUAAAUAACUAAGUAAAUAAUAGGCAUUGAACAAGUUUUGAAACUUUAUGGUCUUUAGGUAUUUUAAUUAGGUGCUGAGUGUUUGAUUAUGAUGUUGGUUCCUACGUUUGUUUUGUGGUUUGCGGUGUCAUCAAUAUCUGGACUGGAUGACACAGAAUUCAGAGCCACCUUGCACCAAGAUCCAGUGCUGCAGAGGUUCAGAAGGUCUGACUUCCUGGACUCUGUGAUCGGGCCCGACUCCCCGCUGCGCUGGCAGCCACCCUGGCUGAGGAAGAGCUUCUGGGUGGCUGAACCCUCGACUGAGCCACCCCCGCCAAAGCUCAAAUGCAAGCUGCCCGACUACCCCGACCACGGGGUCUACUCCAGCCCCAACGACCCCAACGCCAGGCCCGGCCAGGAGUUCGACUUCAUCACUCUGAAGUUCUCCUGCCAGGGAGGGUAUGUGCUGGAGGGGGCGGCUGACAGCUACUGCAGCGAGGGGUUGUGGCAGCACCCUGUGCCGAGAUGUGUCAGUCGCUGUAGGCUGAACAUCAAGAGUCCUAGCGUCGAGUUCCUCUGCCAAAUCCCCAACUCCAAAGGAGGCUCCAGGGUCUGCCGUGACCUGGAACCAGAUGGCACCAUCGUGGAGCCCAAAUGCAGGGCCCCCCACUACUACUCACCGACUGACCUACCUCUAAUGAGGUGCAUCGACGGAGAAUGGACCUCCUUGCCGCAUUGCGUUCCAGAUUGCGGCCGCGUGACCCCGGAGAGCACUCAGCUGGUGGCCGGCGGAGUCUCGGCCAAGCACGGGGAGCUGCCGUGGCACGUCGGCGUCUACAAGAAGACCACGGAGCCCUACAAACAGAUCUGUGGAGGGUCUAUAGUUACGCAGACCUUGGUUAUAUCAGCGGCGCACUGCUUCUGGGACGACACGCUGAAGCUCCAGGAGGCCAAGAACUACGCCGUGGCGGCCGGCAAGAUCUACAAGCCCUGGAGCGAGCCAGGUGAUACUGAAGCGCAGAAACGAGACGUAGAAAACAUAGUGGUGCCAGACAAGUUCUUCGGCGCUGAAACGAACUUCGACUACGAUCUGGCGCUGGUCUUCCUGAAGGAACCCUUCGAGUACAAGAGCUUCAUCAAACCAGUCUGUUUGAACUUCAACAAGCGGGUGGAGGCGGAGCAGCUCAGGCCUGGGAGCUAUGGGAAGGUGGCGGGCUGGGGCUUCACGGGCCCGCAGUCCCCCCCGUCAGCGGUGCUCAAGGUGGUGGAGCUCCCGUACAUGGACGAGGGCUCGUGCCUGCGCUCGGCGCCCGAGGGGUAUCGCGACCUGGUCACCAGCCAGAAGUUCUGCGCUGGCUCUGAGGAUGGUAAAACAGUAUGCAAAGGCGACAGCGGAGGCGGCCUGGUGUUCCCCAGCAAGGAACUCGGCGUCGUCAGGUACUACCUCCGAGGCGUCGUGUCCACCGCUCCGAAGGGCUACGACAUCUGCAACGUGGGGACUAUCACUACCUUCUCACACUUGUCGAAAAUGGAGGGCUAUAUCAAGCCGUUUUUAGUUCAACGUAGCUAAAUGGCAACGGAAAGAUUGCUUUCGUCGUGUCUGCCUGUCUGUCUAGCUGUCUGUCGGUUCAUGUUUAUAACGUGGUGUAGUUGAGCCGUUUAGUCCCAAUUAGAAGCCAACUUUGGUGGCGGUUUUCGGAUAUUGGUACGGAAUGUACCGUUACGGGGGUACUACUCGCACGCUCGGCAGGUUUUUUGUAAUCUCAGAAUAAUAACUCAUGUAGAUGAGGUUCAUUAGAGGUCGCGCCGGCUGACUUUCUGUUGAAGCAAUACCUAUUUUUAAUACUAGAUCUUAAUAAAAGUUGUGCCAUAUACAUAAACAA